UGUCGCCGGUUUUCAUUUUUUAUGCAGUCUUGGCCACAUGGGUCUGGUCAAAAAAUGGCCUUCUUUUGAGCAGAAAAGGGUGUCGAAGAGAAAGAGAGGACUAGGAGGGAACUGUUUCAACAAGGCUUUCUCUACAUUCUUUACUUAAAAUUCAAAUUCUCUCAAAUAAAGGUUUUUCUGAGCACAGAAUUCGUUAAUUCAAUAAUUUUGAAGCACAAAUGAGGAGAUCAUCGAGCCGAGAUGAGAAUCAUGAUCUGGGUUAUCGUUUGCCUUAUACUGUUGAUCAUUUUGAUCGAUCAACUGCACAUUCUUCAACACCGAGCGCUCGAUCAACUGCGCAUUCUUCAACACCGAGCGCUGAUUCCAUUUCAUACAUGAGGACCUACUCUCAGUCAUCAAACUUUUCGGAUCGUACAGAAGACAACAUCAGCUACUCCUACGAGGCUUCUGCGUCAGCCUGGCCCGUGACGAGGAUAGAGACACAGACAGAGACGCCCCAUAAGCAGGCUGUUCUUACCGGACUGGAAAUGAAGCAGCACAAGCAUGAUCUAGACCCUAAAUACGAUGAUGAUGCUCUAGAUUCAGAGCUUGAACUGAUGAAGGAAAGAUUUUCCAAGCUUUUGCUGGGUGAAGACAUGUCAGGAAGCGGCAAAGGCGUCUGCACUGCGGUCACAAUCUCAAAUGCCAUAACCAAUCUCUACGCUACUAUAUUUGGCCAAAACCAGAAAUUAGAACCACUGAGUCCUGAGAAAAAAUCAAUGUGGAAGAGGGAAAUGAGUUGUUUGCUCGCAGUAUGUGAUUACAUGGUGGAAUUCUUCCCCUCAUUGCAGACUUUACCAAAUGGGACCAGCGUUGAGGUGAUGGCAAGUAGACCCAGAUCAGAUAUCCAUAUCAACCUUCCAGCUCUGCAAAAGCUCGACACAAUGCUCCAGGAAAUAUUAGACAGCUUCAAGGAAACAGAGUUCUGGUAUGCAGAACAGGGGAAGCUGGUGAGUGCCACCCGGGCUGGCUCCUUUCGAUUGAUUACUCAGCGGCCAGAUGAGAAAUGGUGGUUGCCGGUUCCAUGCAUUCCCCGAGGUGGCCUGUCAGAGAAGGCGAGGAAGGACCUGAAACACACUCGUGACUGCGCUAAUCAAAUUCACAAAGCGGCCAUGUCCAUCAACAGUAGUCUUCUUGCUGAGAUGAAAAUCCCAGACUCGUACAUUGCUGCACUCCCAAAGAGUGGACGAGCGGGCCUGGGAGAUGCAAUGUAUCGGUUCAUGAACACUUCUGAUAAAUUCUCCCCUGAUCAACUCAUGGACUACCUCCAUAUUUCAUCCGAACACGAGGCCCUUGAGCUUGCAGACAGGGUUGAAGCUUCAAUGUAUACAUGGAGGCGAAAAGCAUGCGUAGCGCACUCCAAAUCAUCAUGGGACAUGGUAAAGCAACUAAUUUCAGAAACCGAACGGACCGACAAAAACUAUGUGUUAGCAGAGAGAGCCGAGAGUUUGCUAUUUUGCUUGAAACAGAGGUACCCUGAGCUUUCACAGACUAGCUUGGACGCAUGCAAGAUCCAAUACAACAAGGAUGUCGGGCAGGCGAUCCUGGAGAGCUACUCUAGAGUGUUGGAAAGUCUAGCAUUCAGCAUUGUUGCUUGGAUUGAAGAUGUAUUACAUGAAGACAGAAACAUGAGAUGCAAAGAGAGAUCAGUAGUAGAAGACAUGCAAAAUCGAAUGUCAAAGCUCGAUAUUUGAUCGAUCUAAUGAUAUUCUAGGUCAUUUACCAUGUUGAUGAACCUCGAUAUAUAUUUGAUUCUUUCAUGUUUUUGGGCUAAUUCUGUAAGCUAAAUGGGAAGCAUCGAGUCUCCCAUUUGUAGAUUUCAGGCAUGAGUUAUACAUAGCAUGCUCUGAUCAUAAGCAUCUAACUUUUGCAAUUUCAUGUAUAUAAACAGGGAUGAGGGGUCCAUAGAUUUGAUCGC